AUGCCACUACUGGUCUCUAGGUUCUACUUGCAUCGCGACGAUUUGAUCCAGGCCGUCAAGUACAUGAACCUGCUGAAAGGGGCCCCUCGCCACGUGGCGUCUGACUGGUUGAACGAGGCCCGGUUGCACCUGGAGACGCGUCAGGCGGCCGACGCCCUUUUAGCACACGCUGCCGGCAUCGGCUGCAAGGAGUGGAAGGACUAUUUGCACGCCCAGGAGAAGACGCUCAAUCUGCUGGCCGAAGAAACUGGGAUUGCCGUUGCGAACGCUUCCUCCACUGAUGUGGCCAACAACAACAACAUACCUGCCACUGUUGCAGGUUGAUCAUGGUAUGGGGGGAAACAAAAAGCCGAGAAGAGGGGCAGAAGGAAGCCUCUUCGCGUGUGUCGUCUUCGUCGAUUAAAUCCCGUAUUAUCAUCAUCCUCCCUCUCCCUGUUUUCGUUUUGAAAUUGAGUUCUGUCUUUGGCUGAAAUUAGUCGAAUCGUUGUUAAAGAUGUUUAAAUACCGGCGGAAU